AUGGCGGUAAACCGCAUUCGGGGCGCCUUUGCGCCGCCUCGAAAGGGAGAGACGUUCGAGCUACGCGCUGGCCUCGUGUCCCAGUAUGCGUACGAGCGCAAGGAGUCGAUUCAAAAGACCAUCAUGGCCAUGACCCUUGGCAAGGAUGUCUCCGCCCUGUUCCCCGACGUGCUGAAGAAUAUCGCGACCGCCGAUCUGGACCAGAAGAAGCUGGUCUACCUGUAUCUCAUGAACUAUGCCAAAUCGCACCCCGACCUCUGUAUCCUUGCCGUCAACACAUUCGUCCAAGACUCGGAAGACCCGAACCCUUUAGUUAGAGCGCUGGCUAUCCGAACCAUGGGCUGCAUCCGGGUAGAUAAAAUGGUCGAUUACAUGGAAGAGCCGCUGCGCAAAACGUUACGAGACGAAUCGCCCUACGUGCGAAAGACGGCCGCCAUUUGCGUUGCCAAGCUAUUCGAUCUCAACCCGACCAUGUGCAUAGAGAACGGAUUUCUGGAGACACUGCAAGAAAUGAUUGGCGAUCCCAACCCCAUGGUCGUGGCCAACUCAGUCCAGGCGCUCUCUGAGAUUACCGAGACGGCACCAGAGACCAGUGCGCUCAUCAUCACACCGGCGACGCUCAAGAAGCUGAUGCUCGCCCUCAACGAGUGCACGGAAUGGGGCCGCGUGACAAUUCUGAGCACUCUGGCAGCCUACUCUGCUAGCGACGUGAAGGAGUCGGAGCACAUUUGCGAGAGAGUUGCACCUCAGUUCCAGCACGUCAACCCCAGUGUCGUCCUGGCCGCGAUCAAAGUCGUCUUUACCCACAUGAGAUCGAUAAAUCCGGAGCUCGUGGGGUCAUACCUCAAGAAGAUGGCUCCUCCCCUAGUUACGCUUGUUGCCUCGGCGCCCGAAGUCCAAUACGUUGCUCUAAGAAACAUUGAUCUCCUGCUCCAGGCGAAGCCGGACAUUCUCAGCAAAGAGCUUCGCGUCUUUUUCUGCAAAUACAACGACCCUCCCUAUGUUAAACUUCAGAAGCUCGAGAUUAUGGUCAGAAUAGCAAACGAGAAGAACUACGAGCAGCUCCUUUCCGAGCUUAAGGAAUACGCUCUGGAAGUUGACAUGGACUUUGUUCGCAGAGCCGUCAAGGCUAUCGGCCAGGUUGCCAUCAAGAUUGAGAAUGCUAGCGCCAAGUGCGUGGAGGCUCUGGAGGACUUGAUCUCCACAAAGGUCAACUAUGUUGUGCAAGAGGCGGUAGUUGUCAUCAAGGACAUUUUGCGCAAGUAUCCCGGCUUUGAGGGCGUCAUCCCCGCUCUCUGCAACUAUAUUGACGAACUGGACGAGCCUGAAGCUCGCGGAUCUCUGAUCUGGAUCGUUGGAGAAUACGCUGAAAAAAUUAGCAAUGCCGACCAGAUUCUGGAGAGCUUUGUGGAGGGCUUCAUGGAGGAAUUUACUCAGACUCAACUGCAAAUAUUGACAGCCGUUGUCAAGCUGUUUCUGAAGAAGCCCAGCAACAGCCAGAACCUUGUUCAAAAGGUGUUGCAACAGGCCACUGUAGAAAACGACAACCCCGAUAUCCGCGACAGAGCAUACGUCUACUGGCGACUGCUCUCUGGCGACCUGGAUGUUGCCAAGAACAUUAUUCUCUCACAAAAGCCUACCAUUACGACGACAAUGACCAGCCUGCCGCCAGCUCUUCUGGAACAACUUCUGAUGGAACUGUCCACACUAGCUUCUGUCUACCACAGGCCUCCCGAGUCGUUCGUAGGCAAGGGCCGCUACGGCGCCGACGAGAUUCAGCGUGCCGCCAUCCAAGAACAGCGCCAAAACGCCGCCGAGGAGCCCAUUGCUGCUUCUGUCGCGGCGGCGGCUAGCGGCGCCAACGGAUCCCAGAGCAACAUUGAGAACCUGCUGGACAUUGACUUUGACGGCGCUGCUCCUGCUUCACGCGAACACGGCAGCGCCUCGCAGACGCCGGACCGCGUUGCCAGCCCUGCUUCUGGCGCGGCGUCUGGUGGCAUGGCCGACAUGAUGAGCAUGUUUGACGCGCCAGCGGCUCAGAGUACUCCUGCUGCCCAGGCGCCGGCCGGCAGCAGCGGCAUGAAUGACCUGAUGAAUGGUUUCGAGGGAAUGAAUUUUGGUGCCCCAGCCAGUGAUCCGCUGCCGGCUGCGAUGCAGCUGCAGAAUGCCCAGGGCAGCGCGUCGCAACCGUCGCAGCAGCAGCAGCAGCAGGGAGCGAGCGAUGAUCUUUUGGGAUUGCUGUAA